AUGAAUGCAAAUCGGGGUCGUGGUCGCGGAGGACGCGGACGCGGACGUGGUCGCGCGCCAGCGUUUCAGGAGAACUUCGUCGAGGGUGAAGUUCACGACACGGACACUGACACCGAGAAUGAGGGACCAGAGCAGCCGCUGCCACCGCCACCAGUUAACAUUGCGCAAGUGAUGCUCAUGCAGACACAGUUACUGCAGCAGAUGGCCGCCACUCUGGCGAACCAGAACCAGAACCAAAACCAAAACCAGAAUCCGAAUCCUCCUCCACCGCAGUCCAAGCUUGCAGAGUUCAUGAGGACGAAGCCACCCACCUUUGCGGGAUCAGCGGACCCUAUUGAGGCAGAUGAUUGGCUGAAGGAUAUUCGCCGGAAGCUCAACCUGAGGGAUGAAUUUCGAGCUCUAGUUCAGGGGAAGAUGAUAGUCUCUGAGUACUGGGACAGUUUCGCCCAGUUAUCUCGCUAUGGAAGGGCGGAUAUUCCCACUGAGGCGGAUAAGAUUUCUAAGUUUCUGAGGGGCCUGAACCUAGGUCUGAAGGAUAGGUUGGUGUCUCAUGAUUUUGCCAACUUCCAGAGUUUGGUCAACAAGGCUAUUCUUCAGGAGAAUUCAAAGAACGAACUUGAUGAAUACCGCAAGCGCAAGGCACCACAGAGUCAGUAUGGGGCAGGGAGCUCACGCCAGAAGAACAAUAACAACCCAGGAUACCGUGGAUCAGGUGCAAAGCCGGCGAAGCCUAAUCCCAAUGCUUCGUAUGGUGCCUAUCGUACUCCGAGAGCUGAAGUCGGAGGGAACCAUGCCAACACUGCUGGGAGGACAUGCUACAACUGUGGCGAAGAGGGUCACUUUGUUGCUGCAUGCCCAGGCAAGAAGAACGCAGGGGCGAUGCCAGUGAAGUUCAACUUAGGUUCCGCCGCCAAGACACCAGCAGCGGGACGUGGAAGGGGCAUACUACCUACCCCGGGAGGUGCACCUCAUGCCUCAGGACAGCAAGGACGUGGCCAAGUCAACCAUGUCACGACAGAACAAGCACAUGAAGCUUCAGAUGUUGUCCUUGGUAUGUUUCCAAUCAACUCAUGUUAUGGUUCCGUACUUUUCGAUUCUGGAGCUUCCCAUUCGUUCAUUUCCAAGCAAUUUGUUGAAAAACACCGUUUGAAAACCGAGGGUAUGAGUCGGGAGAUGGCAGUACAAUCACCUGGGGGAAUUCUUACUACGGGUUCAAAAUGUCCUAAGGUGAUCCUUACGAUCGAGGGAGUAGAGUUUCUAGCAGACCUCAUAGUGUUAGAUUCUAAAGGGUUAGAUGUUAUUCUGGGCAUGAACUGGUUAGUAAAACACAAAGCUAUGAUAGACUGUGGCCUUGGAGCAGUAUCGCUGACUAGUAAGAAUGGAACUGUGGUGGAUUACAAACCCAAGUCAGCACCUCAUACCGCAGUGGACAGUAUCCUGAACAGCUUGAAGGGAAUGGUUGUAUCAGAUGUUAGAGUGGUUAAGGAAUACCCAGAUAUUUUUCCGGAUGAGUUACCUGGUCUGCCACCAGACCGUGAGAUAGAGUUUGCCAUCGAGUUAGUCCCAGGCACUGCUCCUAUUGCAAAGAGACCAUAUAGGAUGCCGGCAAAUGAACUAGCUGAAAUGAAGAAGCAAAUUGAGGAGCUUUUAGAGAAGGGAUAUGUUAGACCAAGCACCUCGCCUUGGGGAGCACCGGUGUUGUUUGUUAAGAAGAAAGAUGGUACCAUGCGAAUGUUCGUGGAUUACCGUGGCCUGAAUGAAGUGACCAUCAAGAAUAAAUACCCUUUGCCUAGGAUUGAUGAUCUGUUUGAUCAAUUGAAGGGAGCUUCUGUCUUCUCUAAGAUAGACCUCAGGUCGGGAUACCAUCAGCUGAAGAUCCGACCCGAAGACAUACCUAAGACAGCCUUUGUCACUCGGUAUGGUCUCUACGAAUUUCUGGUGAUGUCCUUUGGACUCACGAAUGCACCAGCCUACUUCAUGAAUCUCAUGAAUAAAGUGUUCAUGGAUUGCUUGGAUAAGUUCGUCGUAGUGUUCAUUGAUGAUGUGUUGAUCUACUCUCGUAAUGAGGAAGAUCACGAGAAGCACCUUCGGAUUGGUAUUACCGUCGAUUCAUAG